AUGGGUUUCUUCAGUAAGAUAGGAAACUUCUUUCGAAAUGUUGGAAGAGGUAUAUGGAAUGGAAUAAAAUCUGUCGGAAAAGGAAUUUGGAACGGUGUCAAAAAUAUUGGUAAAAGAGUAGGUCAGUUCGUUG